GCUUGUGUCUCACAAAACAAAUCUUUCUUACUUUCUUUCUUUCUUUGUUUCAGAUCAUAGCUGCUGCUGCUGCUGUCUGAUCUCUUACAGAUGUGGUAGGUUCCCUAUGUUUCACGAACCAUUUAUCCAACUGAAUAAUGACAAUGGGUCACCAACUUCUGAAUUUAAUGGAAACAAAGAGAUUGGUGUGGCUUGCAGCAGUGGUAUUUGCAACGUUUAUGAUGCUUCAAUACUUUGAGUUUCCAUACGGUGAUGUCAUCUCAUCCUUAUUCUCUGCAAGCAAAACUCAAACAGGUGCAAAUGGUAGCUACCCGUAUGAAGCUUCAUUACAGAUCCCUCCAAUAUCUGGGGACAUCACACAUAUUUAUGCCUUGAAUAUGACUAAGCAUAGUGAUUCGAACUUACCAAAGAAUAUAUCAGAUGCUUCAAGUCCAAUUCCUGCAAUCAUUAUAUCACCACCAAGAUCCGCACCUCCUCCGACUUUCCCUAAAACAAUUAAUCCUGCACCAAGUAAUCCUCCAAUAGUUUUGGACGUGAACACAUCUAAACCAGCUAAAGAUACCUCAAAAUCGGUCAAAGAUUUUCAAGAACCUGAAGUAUCACAGAAGGACCCUGAUCAAUCAGACAACAAAUUAUCUGCAAAUGAAAGGGAUAUAGUGACAAUCUCAGAGAUGCAUGAUAUGUUAGCUCGUAAUCGAGCUUCUUCACGCUCAAUGAAACCACGAUGGUCUUCAGCAGUUGAUCAAGAAUUGCUGGAUGCAAAAUUGCAGAUUGAGAAUGCUCCUGUCAAUGAAAAUGAUCCUAAACUUUAUCCUUCUCUUUAUGUUAACGUGUCAAGGUUUAAGAGGAGCUAUGAAUUAAUGGAAAAGACCCUCAAGGUAUACAUUUACAAGGAGGGAGAAAGGCCUAUAUUUCACCAGCCACAGGCAGUGCUAAAAGGCAUAUAUGCAUCUGAAGGAUGGUUCAUGAAGCAUAUGAAAGGGAGCCAACAGUUUGUUACUAAAAAUACAAACGAAGCCCACUUAUUCUACUUACCUUUUAGCUCUCGAAUGUUACAAGUAAAACUGUAUGUUCCUGACUCGCAUAGCAACAAAAACUUGGAAGAAUACUUGAAGAGCUACCUCGACUUAAUUGUUGGGAAAUACAAUUUCUGGAAUCGAACCGGCGGAUCUGAUCAUUUCUUUGUUGGUUGUCAUGACUGGGCUCCAUCCAUAACAAGAACUUAUAUGGAUACUUGCAUAAGGGCUUUAUGCAAUUCAGAUGUCAAAAGAGAAGGAUUCAAAUUAGGAAAAGACGUUGCUUUACCAGAAACACUUAUUAGUUCACCUAAAAACCCUUCAAGACAAUUUGGUGGGGAACCCGCUUCUCAACGCUCAACCCUUGCAUUCUUUGCAGGUCGGAUGCACGGUGACCUGCGUCCAGUUCUUUUACAACACUGGCUAAACAAAGACCCUGACAUGAAAAUAUUCGGGAAGCUUCCAAAAUCUAAACACAAUAACGUAUAUAUACAGUACAUGAAGAGUAGCAAGUAUUGUAUAUGUGCAAAGGGCUAUGAAGUCAAUAGUCCUAGAGUGGUGGAGGCUAUUUAUUAUGAGUGUGUUCCAGUUAUUAUAUCAGACAAUUUUGUCCCGCCUUUAUUCGAAGUUUUGAAUUGGGAAUCAUUUGCGGUUUUUGUAAAGGAGAAAGAUAUACCAGAUUUGAAGAACAUUCUCCUUUCGAUUUCAAACACGAAGUACUCGGCGAUGCAGCAGAGGGUACAACAGGUACGGCGGCAUUUUCUUUGGCAUGUUAAGCCUGAGAAGUAUGAUAUCUUCCAUAUGAUACUUCAUUCAAUUUGGUACAACAGAGUUUUUAGAGUAAAUCUUUAGGUACACAACUUUUGAGCAACAAGCAUAUAAAACAUUGAUUUACAAAUUUGCAUAUAGAGAGCUGACUAUUAAGAAAUUGGUUGCCAUCUAUUUUUUCUCUUCAUUAAUAUCUCAUACAUAUAUACAGAUGUGCAUAGAUGUACCUAGUUUUAUUCGCUCAGCACAAGAAAUCAUUAUUGUAAAGCAUUGUAUAAAUUGCAUAACUUUUGAUAAGUAAGAAAGUAGAUUUUAUUAUUUACUAUUUACGA